UUUUAAGUACACAGUUCAGUGAUACUCAGUCGAGCAUCUCUGUUUCCAUGGAAACUCCUCCUGCAGGCGCGAUUCUUUCAUUAGCCGUCACGUGAUAACGGUCCGCAUCAAUGCAAAUAAAACACUCCUGCUGUAACAUACAUACAUAAUGUACAUCCGAUCACAAGUGUGUGCAGCAGUAUGUUGAACGGUGUCAUCUUCGGCGAGCACACGCCCUCCGCUCCCGCGCGCGCCCCCCUUGUCCCGAGCGCGUUCACGCAGCAGACCCACAAACCCACAUCAGAAUGUGAGCGAGAACUGGAUGUGUGUCAAGGGCACGAGCGAAUAACAACACGAGAUUCGUGCCGGAAUAAAGGAGGAUUUGGAUUCGGAUCUUCAGCGGGUUCUGGUUCCGAUCGGAGCGGUUUCUGCGGGAUUCGGGCCCGAUUCGGAUUCUGCGACCGUUUUCUCUCAUCGGUGGAUUUAAAUGGACUCGUGAACGCGAUCUGAUGUUUAUUAUGAAUGAGACACUGAGAUGAGAUCGACAAAUGCUGGAUGAUAUAUGCAGUAAAAUAUAAAUCUGAUGUGGAAUCAGACUGAUCUUCAGCAUCGCCUCCAUUUUGAAUCUAAUUUAUUAUCAUGAUUUUAUUGGCGAUGAUGGAUUUAUUUCCGUCUCCCUGAUUCAUUCCCAUUACUCACGAUGGUUUAUAUAGAUGAUAAACGCGGGGAUUGAUGUCGGAUUAUUUCACAUAUUGAUCUGAUCUGAUCGCGUUUCUCAAUAUAAUCAGAGAAAGACUCGAAGUGACGAACAUUUCCAGUAGAUUCGCGCUGGUUCCGAUUCGGUUCGGAGAUGGCAGAGUGUGAUCAGAGCCAUGAAUGAGGGGUGACACAUCUGCCCUGAACACCGAUGAUGAAGAUGAGUCUGAGCUGAUGAAGAUGAUGAUGAUGAUGCUGGAGACACAGAAUGCGAGUCAGGAGAUCGGUGAGGAGGUGGAGGACGGCGCCGUGUUCAGCAUCACGCUGAGGAAGGUCCAGAUGUACCAGUCGUCCAGUAAGAGUCAGCGCUGGAUGGGUGUGGACUCGGACUCCGGCCUCAGUCUGUACGAGACCUGUAAGCUGCGCACCAUUAAAGCCGGAACGCUGGAGCGUCUGGUGGAGUACAUGGUGACGGCCUUCAGAGGGAACGACUCCACAUACGUCACCAUCUUCCUCUGCACUUACAGGACGUUUGCCACCACCAAACAAGUGCUGGACCUUCUGCUCAACAGAUACGCUAAACUGCAGCCGGGCGCAGACGCGCGCAGAAUGACCGCUGACGAGCGAACAGAGCUCAGGAACACCAUCUCCUCUAUCCUGGGUGCCUGGUUGGAUCAGUACUCUGAGGACUUCUGGAAGCCUCCAGAAUACAGCUGCCUGAGACGCCUGAUCCAUUACCUGCAGCUCAACUUCCCGGGAUCCGACCUGGAGCGCCGGGCCUGUAACCUCCUGAGCCAGUUCCACCGGAGACUCCAGCAGGAAUCGGACCAGGAGGUGUUGGAUCAGGGAUGCUGUGCAUUCACUCUGCUGGAAGAGAAUGGGUUUGAUGAAGAUCGACCCGAUUUCCUGAGCUUCGACCCCAUUGUGGUGGCGGAGCAGUUCACCCUGAUGGACGCGGAGCUGUUUAAGCGGGUGGUGCCGUAUCACUGUUUGGGAAGUAUCUGGUCUCAGAGAGAUAAGAAAGGAAAGGAACAUUUGGCGCCGACCAUCAGAGCCACGGUCAGCCAGUUUAACCGCGUCACCAACUGCGUCAUUUCCACCUGUCUGAGCGACCGGACGCUCAAGUUCUCCCAGAGAGCGCGGAUCCUGGAGCACUGGAUACAAGUAGCCAGAGAAUGUCGGAUCUUGAAGAACUUCUCGUCUCUGCGUGCGAUUCUGUCGGCGCUGCAGUGCAACCCGGUUCAUCGGCUCAAGAAAACAUGGGAUGAAGUGUCACGAGAAAACAUUCGCAUCUUCCAGGAGCUGUCGGAGAUAUUCUCUGACGAGAACAAUCACUCGCUGAGCCGAGAACUGCUGAUAAAGGAGGGAACAUCCAAAUUUGCCACUCUGGAGAUCAACCCUAAACGAGCCCAGAAAAGACAGCAGCCGCAGAGAGAUCUGACUGUAAUGCAGGGGACGAUUCCUUAUCUGGGAACUUUCCUCACGGAUCUGGUCAUGAUGGACACAGCCAUGAAAGACUAUCUUGACGGAGGCCUGAUCAACUUUGAGAAGAGAAGGAAGGAGUUUGAGGUCAUUGCGCAGAUUAAGUUGUUACAGUUGGCUUGUAACAAUUAUAAUUUUCGGCGUGUCGCUGGGUUCAGCACGUGGCUCUCCAGUGUGGAGAAGCUCUCAGAGGCGGAGAGCUACAGUCAGUCGUGUGAGAUCGAGCCGCUCUCUGAAUCGGCCUCCAACACGCUGAGAGCCAAGAAGAGCUCAGGAAUCAUGAAGAGAUGGAGCGAUCGGCAGCCGGUGGGUUCGGGUGAGGCUGGUUGCAGCAGUUCUGGCAGCUCCCACUCAAAGUCUUUCGAUCAGCUGCGUUUCCCGCCCUGUCUGAGCGGCUCGGUGGGCGACGGCGGCGACUCUCUCAGCGUGACGUCUGCGGGAUCGAGCAGCUCUGACGUGGAGGAGGUCAACAUUAGCUUCAUCUCUGAUUCACCAGAUGCUCUGGAGAGGAAGACCUCCACGCCCUUCGUAAAACAUUCCAAUUCUACCUUAGGGAAGUGCGGCCCUACAGGAGACCUGAUACCCACGUUCUGGGAGUCCACGUCUCUCUCGUCUCUGGAUGCGUCAGGUCUCGGCUCAGGUUCUGGCUCCAGUAGUGCCUCCUCGUCUUCGGUGUCGUCCACACCGGUCACGGCGUCCCGCUCACACAAACGCUCCGUGUCGGGCGUGUCCAGUUACUCGUCUCUCUCUCUGCCGCUUUACAACCAACAGGUGGACGACUGCUGCAUCAUCAGAGUCAGCAUGGACGUAGACAACGGAAACAUGUACAAGAGCAUACUGGUCACCAGUCAGGAUAAGACUCCUGCGGUAGUGAGGAAAGCCAUGGUUAAACACAACCUGGACCGUGAGCGAGCCGAGGAUUAUGAACUGGUUCAGAAAAUCAGUGAGGACAAGGAGCUGAAGAUUCCCGACAACGCCAAUGUUUUUUACGCAAUGAACUCCACAGCCAACUAUGACUUUGUCUUGAAGAAGAGAGGUUUCCCCAGAGCAGGCCGAACCAAACACGUGGCCAGCUCCACGCUGCCUCGAAUGAAACAGAAAGGUCUUAAAAUCGCUAAAGGAAUCUUCUGAUUUUCCAAACUCUUGUUGUGUCAGUACAGCAGUGGCUGAAUUUUAGCAGUGGACUUCACAAAUACGUCAUAAGGGGUUUGGCAGGGACCACGGCCAACCUCGCAGCAAAACUCUCUCCCUGAGAGGCGAUCUGUAUGUUUACAGUCAUUCCCCAAUCUCCCAACCGUUGUCUGUGAUGUCACGGAUUGCUCUGCUUCUGAUGUCAGCGCUCGCCGUCGGAGGACUGAACCAGACAGAAGCAUCUGUCGUGCUAUGAACGCCACUGUUCUCCUUCACAUGAUGCUGUGGUCACAUGACAGGAAGAGACCGCACGUGUUCAUCAGAAUGUUACACGCAUCAUGUUUUUCCUCGUUACUACCCCGGUGGUGCUCAGGCCGAUGAAUCGUCUCUCUCUUCUUCUGUCUCAUGCUUUGAUUUCUCACUUUCAUUCACACAUUCAGAGAUGUUAAUCGACGCCGAGUGACUGUCAUUGGUUUUGUAUGAUGUCGUAGUGAACAGUGGAUAAUGAACAAAAUUCCAGCAAUUUCCAGUCUUUUUUUAGUAUAACAGUGCAGUCGCUCAUGAACGUCUCCAUCUUGACUCCAGUAUCUCAUCGAGAUCACAUGCUACAAUGUCUUCAGUCCUAUUCAGGCAUUAUCAAGUCCCACAUGGCAUUAUCAGUCGGUCGCCGCCCAUCGCCAAUUCCUGUGGAAAAUGAAUGACUUCCGGUUGUGCAUUGAUGCGUGAAGAAACCUCUUCUGCAGUGUGCUGCGUUUUUGUCCCCGAUGCUAAUUGUUGACCGUGGCAUUUGAAAUAAAGAUGAGGAUUUUAAGUUUUUUGUUGGUGUUGCGGUCAUGAUGAACCUGUGCUGAGAAGAGAGAAACAACAUGACAUAUGAAUCUGCACACAAGAAGAGAAAUUGACAUGAGUUGUAAUGAGAGUAUGUUUUGUUUUACCUGUCGUUCAGUGAUGUUCUUGACUGGAUGCACACGCUACACAAGCUGGGUGACACGGACCUGCCAUAUUUCCAGAACCCAGAUCCUUUAUACGUGACUGUACGAGUGUGUGUGUGUGUGUGUGUGUGUGUGUGCAUGUGCUUGCUAUGUUUUAAUGUCUUUGUAUGUGUGUUCAUGUCUUGUGUUUUAUGACGACAAAACCAAAAGGGCCAAAGAUCUCUGCGCUUUUUUAAAGCGUCUCAGUCCAGUGAGAUCAGCACUGCCUGUUCAGGAAAAUCAACCAUUUGCCAAGAUCUCUCAGAUCCGAUCGGAAUACCACAGAUAUCUGGUGCCAUUUCUUUUUCACUGUCAAGAAAUAUUUAAGAAAAAGAAAGACUCACACACUCUGGUUUUGUAUGUUCUUUUUUGUAAUUUUUGUACAAUAUAAAUUGUCCUUUGUACUUUUGCCUUUCAUUUGGUUUGUGCGCGUGUGUAUGUGUAUUUAUUGAUUUGUAAAUACUUUUUUGUAGCAUUGUACAUUUAGUUUCUUCUCCCAUGUAAUUAUAAAUUAAUAUGUAAAUAUGAAUAUAUCUAUGCGAAGUUUAUACCGCUGCAAAUAAGGGAUUGUGUUUCUUUCAGCUUCUGUUUGUCGUCUUUUUUCAUGGUUUAAAUUUGAUAUUGUUUCUUUCUUUAUGAUGCACUGUUUCUAAUAUUGGAGAAAAUAACUAAUAAACACAUGCAGUGCGAUUCAA